ACUACAACCAACAGCGGGACCAGAGGGGGCUCCGCGGGCAGCGUGGUGCCCUCGGUUCCCCCCAGCAUGGCCCCCUCGGCCUGGGCCAUCUGCUGCCUCCUGGGGGGCCUCCUGCUCUGUGGGGGCAGCCCCAGCCCCGGCCCCAGCGUACCCCGCCUGCGGCUCUCCUACCGAGACCUCCUGUCUGCCAACCGCUCUGCCAUCUUUCUGGGUCCCCGAGGCUCCCUGGACCUUCAGGCCAUGUACCUGGAUGAGUACCGGGACCGCCUCUUUCUGGGGGGCCGCGACGCUCUCUACUCUCUGCAGCUGGACCAGGCAUGGCCGGAUCCCCGGGAGGUCCUGUGGCCUCCGCAGCCAGGACAGAGGGAGGAGUGUGUUCACAAGGGAAGAGAUCCUUUGACGGAGUGCGCGAACUUUGUGCGGGUGCUGCAGCCCCACAACCGGACUCACCUGCUGGUGUGUGGCACUGGGGCCUUCCAACCCACCUGUGCCCUCAUCGCUGUUGGGCACCGUGGAGAGCAUGUGCUCCAGCUGGAGCCCAGCAGUGUGGAAAGUGGGCGGGGGCGGUGCCCGCAUGAGCCCAGCCGUCCCUUCGCCAGCACCUUUGUAGGUGGGGAUCUGUACACGGGCCUCACCGCUGACUUCCUGGGGCGUGAGGCCAUGAUCUUCCGGAGUGGAGGUUCCCGGCCAGCCUUGCGUUCUGACUCUGACCAGAAUCUCCUGCAUGAUCCCCAGUUUGUGAUGGCUGCCCGGAUUGCUGACAACUCAGACCGGGAUGAUGACAAGGUGUACUUCUUCUUCUCGGAGACUGUCCCCUCGCCAGAUGGUGGCCCAGGCCAUGUCACUGUCAGCCGCGUGGGCCGUGUCUGUGUGAAUGAUGCUGGCGGCCAGCGGGUGCUGGUGAACAAAUGGAGCACCUUUCUCAAGGCCAGGCUAGUCUGCUCGGUGCCCGGCCUUGGUGGUGCUGAGACCCACUUUGACCAGCUGGAGGAUGUGUUCCUGCUGUGGCCCAAGGCAGGGAAGAGCCUCGAGGUGUACGCGCUCUUCAGCAUGGUCAGUGCUGUGUUCCAGGGCUUCGCCGUCUGCGUGUAUCACAUGGCAGACAUCUGGGAGGUCUUCAAGGGGCCCUUUGCCCACCAAGAUGGUCCCCAGCACCAGUGGGGGCCCUAUGGGGGCAAGGUGCCCUUCCCUCGCCCUGGCAUGUGCCCCAGCAAGAUGACUGCCCAGCCAGGACGACCAUUUGGCAGCACCAAGGACUACCCGGACGAGGUGUUGCAGUUUGCCCGAGCCCACCCACUCAUGUUCCGGCCUGUGCGGCCUCGGCAGGGCCACCCUGUCCUUGUCAAAACCCACCUGGCUCAGCAGCUGCGCCAGAUUGUGGUGGACCGAGUGGAGGCAGAGGAUGGGACCUACGAUGUCAUCUUCCUAGGGACUGACUCAGGCUCUGUACUCAAGGUUAUCACCCUCCAGGCUGGGGCCUCGGCUGAGCCUGAGGAGGUGGUUCUGGAGGAGCUUCAGGUGUUUAAGGUGCCCACACCCAUCACUGAGAUGGAGAUCUCUGUCAAAAGGCAAAUGCUGUACGUGGGCUCGAGGCUGGGUGUGGCCCGGCUGCAGCUGCACCAGUGUGAGACUUACGGCAGUGCCUGUGCGGAGUGCUGCCUGGCUCGGGACCCUUACUGCGCCUGGGACGGCUCCUCCUGCACCCACUAUCGGCCGGGCACCAGCAAGCGCCGGUUCCGUCGGCAGCACAUCCGGCAUGGCAACCCUGCCCUGCAGUGCCUGGGCCAGAGCCGGGAAGAGGAGGCUGCAGGACUCGUGGCGACCACCACAGUCUACGGCACGGAGCACAACAGCACCUUCCUGGAGUGCCUGCCCAAGUCUCCCCAGGCCACCGUGCGCUGGUUCUUGCAGAGGCCAGGGGACGAGGGGCCCGACCAGGUGAAGACAGACGAGCGAGUCCUGCAGAUGGAGCAGGGGCUGCUGUUCCGCAGGCUCAGCCGCCUGGAUGCAGGCACCUACACCUGCACGACGCUGGAGCACGGCUUCUCCCAGACGGUGGUCCGCCUGGCUUUGGAGGUGAUCGUGGCCACGCAGCUUGACAGCCUGUUCCCUCGGGAGCCGCGGCCAGAGGAGCCCCCAGCCCGGGGAGGCCUGGCCUCCACCCCACCCAAGGCCUGGUACAAGGACAUCCUGCAGCUCAUCGGUUUUGCUAACCUGCCCCGGGUGGAUGAGUACUGUGAGCGUGUGUGGUGCUCCUCCCGGAGCCGGGGCAAACAGGCCAAGGGCAAGAGCUGGGCAGGGCUGGAGCUGGGCAAGAAAGUGAGGAGCCGGGUGCAGGCCGAGCGUAAUCGGACACCCCGGGAGGUGGAGGCCACAUAGAAGAGGGCAGAGAAGGGGGCAGUCAUGAUGGACCAGGUGGCCCAGCAGCAGUCCCCAGUGUCUCCCACCCACCCAGCUAGGGCAGAAGGGGCCAGUAGGCUGGAUUGCCUCUUCAAGAUGGGAGUCUCUGCCCCACCCCCAUAUCCCUACCAGGCUGCCACAGGGAAGGCUCGGGCCUGACAGAGGGGUCCUGUGCCAGAGGCCUGUUCCCUGCCCCUCUCUGUGCUCUCAAUCCCAGUCUGAAACCAGUACCCUCUGGUCGCUGGCAAACCAGGUGGGCGUGCUAUUUGUUCUCAGAGAUGGUUCCCAGAGCACAUUUCUGGUUGUGCCCAAAGGCGAGAGGGCUGGCUGGGUGGUUCUUUCCCAGCCGGCAGAACAAUGGCCAUUCUGAGUGACCCUUAGAGUGGGUGUGUGAGUGUGACUGAGGAGGUGUCUGGGCAGGGGACCUCACACAGCCAGAGGAGGGUGGAAGUGGCCUCUAAGCUAGCACCUGUUAAAAAGGCCUACCUGACUGAGUUGGGGAGGGAGAGUGGAGGUGCUGAGAAGGUGGAAUAGCAAGACCCCCACCCCACUUUGUGCCCUGAUAGCUUGGUGGCUCCCUGCCACUGCCUACCACCUCUUCUCCGUCUCAGAAUCACAGAAACAUAGACUGCUAGAACUUCCUGGGACCUGGGGUGGUCUGGGCGUCAGGCCCCACUUCAUAAACCAAGGGGGAGGUCUCACAGCCUGUCUACCCUUCCCCAGGUCCCCGAGCUGCCAGGCCAGCUUUCCUGGGCUGCCCACAUUUCCUGAUGGGAUUCCUCCUCCCCACCGUCAGGGUCUCCAUGCUGAUGAGCAGGGAGAGGGGAGGGAUCUAGGAGAAUGUCAUCCCCCAUCUCUGUGGACUAGAGAUGGGGAGAGGGGAGUGGGGGAAGUGUGUGGGUGGCAGGAGUGGGCUGUCUUUCCCAGGGCAAUGCAAGCACACCCAAAGCCUGGGAGGGUGGGAAUGUGGCAGCUCUGUGAGCAAGCUGCAGCCAGUGGACAGGACCAGGGGCAAGGCUUUGCUGGGGGCCACAGAGGAUUGAGAGGCUUUUGAGAUGGAGAGAGGGUGGGAGACCCUAGGAUGGACUAUGAAACUCAGGAGCAGGCGUUCUCAAGGACUGAAGAUGGCAACAAUUAGCUCAGGAGCCACUGGGAAGGCCAGAUGUUUCUCACCCUAGAAUCUGGUUUUUGCCAAAUAAGGGUUGGUCAUGGAGUGUUCAUUUAUAAAGCCUU